AUGCCGUAAACUCGGCUCUCUCCAAGCGCAUGAUUAAAGAGCCCACCCUCCUCUGAUGACGUGGCAGUGAUCCAUUGGCUCGUUUGGUCUCGUCGGGAUUCAUACCAACACACCAAUAAACAAUACCAGUCACUCUCACUGCUUUUCUCUUUCUUCUUCUCUCUCUCCCAUCUGUGUUUUUCUCUCUGCAGAAUUUCGGAAAUUUCUCAGCUAUCCUAUCUCAUCUGCUCCUGAAAAUUGCACAUUCAUCACCACCAAUGCACGAUCUUCCCUGCGAAUGCAAUUUUGAUAUUUGAUUUGGGAAUUUAGAAAUGCUGGAAGCAAUGGAAAGUUCAGUGAAUGGUGGGUUUUCGCAGUUACAGAGCUGCGGAGACAGCAGCGAAGAGGAGUUAUCUGUGCUUCCUCGUCACACGAAAGUGGUUGUAACCGGAAACAACCGCACCAAAUCUGUCCUCGUUGGUCUCCAAGGCGUCGUUAAGAAAGCCGUUGGGUUAGGUGGUUGGCAUUGGCUGGUUCUUACUAAUGGUAUUGAAGUGAAGCUACAGAGGAAUGCUCUUAGUGUGAUUGAAGCACCCACCGGAAACGAGGAAGACGAUGACCUUGAAUUUGAAAAUGUGCAGUGGAAUGGAUCAGAUAUGGCAUCGGACGACACACAGAAGUCCCACAAAUCGAGGCACAGAAUGCAUAGAUCGUUGGGAUUAUCUCACAAGUCCAUGAGUAGGUCCUUCUCUGGCGAUUCACAGUCUAAGGGGUCCGUUUCUAUGCCUCAUGGGGCCAGGAAGAUCGACUUGAGCAAGCUUGAAAUGGCUGCACUGUGGAGAUAUUGGCGACAUUUUAAUCUAGUGGAUGCGGUUCCAAACCCAUCAAAAGAGCAGCUAGUAGACGUUGUUCAAAGGCAUUUCAUGUCUCAGCAAAUGGACGAGUUGCAGGUGAUUGUGGGAUUUGUUCAAGCUGCAAAGAGGCUUAAGACUGUGUGCAAAUGAGAUGGAAUGAUGCGAGAAAUGAUUUAAGUUAAAUUGUCUAUGCUAACAAAGAUAAUGUAUCUAAUAUCCACUUCCCGUCGUAUUUUGUAACAUAUUUAUCAGUGAUUUGUAAUUUUCUGAUAUAGUAGUAGGUUGGUAGUUUGAGGUUAGAGGUUUUUACUCUUGUAACCACCCAGUUAUGUAGAUAUAUGUGACCUUGCAACUGGAUCGUUAAGGAAGUCUGCACGGCUUUCUUUUCAGCUUGAUUCAAUGUAUUGCUGACCUGGGAAGUGGGUUUCAGAGACCUUAAUGUAUAUAUAUAUUUUAGUUUCUC